AUGACCGAGAAUGCAACGACCAUCUACAGAUUCAGAAAGCAGCGAGGCGUCAACCUCGGUUCGUGGUUUGUACUAGAGAGGUGGAUUACCGAGUCACCCUUCCGCCAAGCCGCACCACCGGCGCAGAGUGACUACGACGUCGCUCGUGGUUCCUCGGCAAAACAGAUCCUCGAGCAACAUUGGGAUGCUUGGAUUACAUCUGAUGAUUGGAAAUGGAUGAACGAACGAGGCAUCAACAGCGUUCGUAUACCCAUUGGAUUUUACCAUCUCUGCGGUCUGGAUCAGGCUGUCCUGGAUGGAACAGAUUUCCAACCAUUCUGCGGUACUUUUGAGGGUGCUUGGCGACGCAUCGCUCAGGCGAUCUUUACUGCUCGUCAGCACGGUAUUGGGGUGCUCCUGGACCUGCAUGCGGCUCCGGGCAAGCAGAAUGGCGACGCCCACAGUGGACAGACCGGGUCCGUUCGCUUCUACGAGGAACACAACCUUUCUGCGACACUUCGAGCCCUCAGACUGCUUGUGUCCUAUGUGAAGGACAUACCGAACGUUGUUGGGGUUCAACUUGUUAACGAGCCGCAGAAUCAUGCCCGACUGCCGCCUUGGUACUCGUCAACCCUCGGUUCCCUGCGAUCCAUCACGCCCAAUCUGCCCCUGUAUAUCCAUGACGCCUGGGACACACAUCAAUAUGCCGAACUUGCUGGGAGCCGCAACUACUGGGUCAUUGUUGAUCACCACUUGUACCGCUGUUUUACUUCAGACGAUUCGCACAAGUCAGGGGACGAGCACGCCAAGAGCCUUCGAGAUCCGAAUCAGAUGACCUGGUUCUCUGAGGCAGCCAACAAAUGCCGCGGUAACCUCGUGGUCGCGGAGUUCUCCGCCGCCCUGAAUCCAGGAUCUUUGCACGGUGAUGUUGGAGAACAGGACCGAUUGCGCCGUGUUUUUACCCGUGCGCAACUUGACUUGUACGAGCGAAUCUGCGGAGGAUGGUGGUUCUGGACGCUUAAGAAAGAAGCGGGCUGGGAUGCGGGCUGGAACUUGAAGAAUGCGACGACUGCCGCCAUCAUGCCGGAGUUCUAUGGGAUGAAGCGAUUGGCCCAUGGCAUACAACGCGAUACCGACAAGAGGGACCGGGAGGCAGCUAAGGCACUCCAUGACCACACCAUUUACUGGUCUCGUCAUCCUGGUCAUUACGAAUAUUGGAGGUUCUCUGAUGGCUUCCGACAAGGCUGGGAUGAUGCAUAUACCUUCUUCACUUUCGGAGAAGGCCCAUCUAUUUCCGAAAUCGGAUUUGAAGUAGAAUGGAUCAAAAUGAGGCGUGAACAACACGCAGCGAAUAAGGGGCAAAGCAGUAACCUUUGGGAGUUUGAACAUGGCCUGGCGUAA